AUGCGGGUGUCCUCUGAACCCACAGAAGAGUCUCUGCCUGCUGCUCUGCCUGCUGGUACCGGAAACAAUGAGCUGGACACAUCCACAAAGGACAGGCUUCAGAGAACAUGGAGGGGAAGGUUCAGGACCACACAGCCCAGAGGACCAGCAGCAUCUGCAACAUUCACAAUUUCGAGGCCCUGUGCCUUUUUGACGGUCCUGGUGGUGCUGAGCUACUGGUCACCCUGCUCUCUAGGAUGUGACCUGCCUCACACACAUAACCUGAAGAACAACAGUGCCUUGACACUCCUGGAACAAAAGAGGAGACUCUCCCUUAUCUCCUGCCUCAAGGACAGAAAGGACUUUGGAUUCCCUCUGGAGAAGGAGAAUAUCCAGCAGAUCCAGAAAACCCAAGCCAUCCCUGUCCUGAAUGAGCUGACCCAGCAGGUCCUGAGCCUCUUCUGCUCAAAGGACUCCUCUUCUCCUUGGAGGAUAACCCUCCUAGACACAUUCUGCACCGGCCUCCUCCUGCAGCUCAAGGACCUGCAGGCUUGUGUGAGGCAGCAGGUGGGGGUGCAGGAAUCUCCCCUGACUCACGAGGACCCCAUGGAGGCUGUGAGGAAGUACUUCCACAGGAUCACUGUCUACCUCAGAGAGAAGAAACACAGCCCCUGUGCCUGGGAGGUGGUCAGAGCACAAGUGUGGAGAGCCCUGUCUUCCUCAGCCCACUGGCUGGCCAGACGGAGAGAGGAGAAGGACUGAGUCCUGAGCCAAAGAGGAGAGGACUGUGCUGGACUAGGACACUCUAUCUCGCUUCAUGAGCUUCCUUUAAAACUCUCAUUCAUUUUGGGAUGAAUAUAAUCAUCCUGACUAGAUGUUUCAGCGAAACAGAGCAAACAUUUUGUAUAUGAAAAAGCAUUUGUUUCUUUAUCCAUGGUCUUAUUAUUUUUGUAUUUAUUUAUUGAUUAUUUUACUAUUUAUAUAAUUUAUUAUGUAUGUUAAAUCUUGCUGUCUUAUUUAUAUUAAAUCUUUGUGGUGUUUAUGUUAAAUUUUGCUGUCUUAAUUUUUCUUUAAUGUAGUAAAAUGUA